AUGGAUAACCUUCACUUGAGUGUCAUAGCUGUGGUCCUUUACUUUAAUCUUCCUGGAUCAAUGGGAACCAAGUCACAGCGGAUUCUUCUUGAUACACAUCACCAUUCAGACUGCCGGUGGGAUGGGGAGUUCUCAGCAAAUUGUUCUUUUACCGGAAUAUCUACUAUUCCAGAAGAUGUGUCACAAACAGCAACCACAGCUGAUUUUAGUUACAAUAAUAUUAAAACUUUCAUGCAUACUGAUGAAAGAAAUGACAAAUGGAUGCUGAAACACCUGAAUCUCAGUAACAACCUGAUUUCUGAACUCUCCUUAACUGCUUUUAGAAACUUACCCGUUUUAGAAACUCUCAACCUCAAUGGUAAUGCCAUCCACACCCUCACACUGGACGUACCUAUGCCUGCACAUGAGUCUAAAAAGCAAGGAAAAAGCUGUCACCUCCUGCCUGCUCUGAAAGUAUUGUCAGUUGAAAGAAAUAAUCUUCACGCAGUUCCAAGAGGACUGGGCCUGCUGCAGUCUUUGCAAACUGUCCAUUUGUCAUCCAAUGGCAUACGACAGAUCAAUCUGGAUGAUUUUCAAAACUGUUCACAGCUGAAGGACAUCGACUUGCAAAACAACAAGAUAACUAAAAUUCAUCCAGAUGCCUUCAGGGACCUCAACAAAUUACAGGUCAUGGAUCUCCGCGAAAAUGCUCUGACAACCCCUCUACCACAGGUAUUAAUCAGUUUGAACUUCUUUCAACUUGAAGUGGAUUUGUCAAAUAACGGUAACGGAGUCUCUUGGUGGACACCUAAAGGCAGAAUUUCAAAAGAUAAUCAUCUUCCUCAUAUGGCACUGGAUAAAAUGAAUAAUUUAGUGAUAUACAAUGCUGACAAAACUGCUGACGGGUUAUAUCUGUGUAUUUUUAAUACAACAAAGAUGAAAUAUCUCAUCUACAACAUACAGGUGAAAGAAAAAGUUUCAACAUUUUUGGUUAGAAAAGCCCGGGACACUAACACUGGUUUUCGACAAGGAAGAACAGAGCAAGACCUUGCAUUGGCCGUCUGCCUCUCCGUGUUCAUUACAUUUGUUUGUGCUUUUUGUCUGGGUGCUUUUGCUAGACCCUACCUUGUGAGCCUGUGGAGACUCAUGCGCAGGAACAAAAAUUCAGGUUCAGAACAUACUUAUUCUAAUCAAGCUUUUUCAGAUGAAACCUUGAGCAGAGGGUGCUCUGCAAGCAAACCAAUGCAGCAUAAUUUGUUCAUUAGUGAUGAGAAUUCUUCAAGAAACACAUGCAUUUUUCCUACAGAAACUUCUACUUUGCAUGAAAGUGUCAUUGAUAGCAGUGUACGUGCACCAAAUACGGAAGAAGAGUACCAGAAAGAAAGCAAUAAUGAGAUCUAUGUGAAGAAAAAACCAGCAUUUUCAGACAUCAAAACUAGUAUCAACAAUUAUGAAAAUAUAAAUAUUGAUGAUAAUGGACUAUAUUCUGUAAGGACAGAUUACAAGAACAGCAAUGAAGUAACACCAAGAAAAUUAAGGAGUAAUGACAUUUCAUUGUGGGAAGAUUCAAAAUAUGCAAAUAAUGAAGACUCAGAGAAGAGCAGGUUCCCUCCUGUACCCAGGAGAUUGAAUGCUGACUCUUACUCAAAUUACACUGACUCUUCAGAUCUGGAUUUAUCCUUUACGGAAAAAACUGGCUUUCCAUUUUCCACAACACAAACACAUACAGUUGCACAAGAUUCUAGGAACAGCCAGGUAAGCAACAACUCUGGUCUGCUGCGGUCUGAAACCACAAAGGCUCCACCAGAGUCUCCUGAAAGAGAAGGUAUCGUUUCACAUAACGAACCCAUAAGCAUUACAAAAUUUAUGCCCAAAAGGCAAAGCUGUGAUGAACAAUUUGGUCUAAAUGGCAACAUAAAUAUAACCGGUGAUGUAGGAGAUUUUAUUUCACCCGGUAGCUGCAAGAGAAGCACAAAUAUUGAGAAUUUAAGUGUCUACCAAACAAUAGAAAACGCUCCUCUUAGGGAUUACGACUGUAAAACGGAACGUACAAAUGAAAAAUAUGCUUCGGCAGAUAUAUUUGGCGAUAGUUCUUCAGAUGAAGGGACUCCAUUCACAAUGAGCGACUGUAGUUCUCUAGCAGACUUUGAACUGGAACAACCCGGUGUUAGUGACAACCCACCAGUCUGUCAGUCGUCAGUAGAGGAAGCCAAUACAAACAGUGGAACCGAGAAGUUCUCAACACUGCCAGAGUCUCCAAACAUUGCUGCUGAACUUCAGCAUAUUGGGAAACAUAAAGACAGGAACAAUGGGUAUUUUGAAACCACUAUUAAUUAUGGAUCAGAUACCAUCAUGCCUGAAACAGCAUCGCCUUACACUGAUAAAUGUAGUGACCAUAUAAGCAUGUCAGAUUCAGACACAAUUAGUUCUUCAGAUCAGGAAGUUCCUGAUACGUUUGAUUAUUUUACUAAUGAAGAGUCAACAGUACAAUACUCUGAUUCUCUCCACAAUCAAAAUACAGAUUUUGGUAAUACGUUACUUUCAUUAAAACAUUCUCCCACAUACAACACGGAUACAGAGAGUGCUCCUGAAGAGGCUGAAUUGCAGCUGUAUCAGCUUGCCAUUGAACCUCAGCAUCCCCUCAGAUUCAGUCCCACUGAACAAAAAGAAAAUGCACCAGAGGGAAGUACAGAUGAGCACAACAAUAGGAACUCCUCCAAAAAGAAUCAUGGCGAAGGGGACAUUACAUUAAGAAGAAACACGAGUCCACCUGAGGACGAUGACUUUAUUUUUGCUCCCAUUGAUACUGGUUUGAAUGAAAUCGUUAAAAAAACAUCACUACUGCAUUCCAGCAACGAGUUAUCUCUUCAGCCUCUGCCUGAAAACACAACUGAAAAACUUUUAACAUUUAUUACAGAGAAAGAAGACUUGCUACCACAGGGGAAGCAGGUGAAGACAGCUAAGGCUCGUGCAGAUCAAUUGCAAAGAGAUUUUAAUGAGAAAGACUGUGAUGGAUACACAGAAUUACAGGACACCAGCAACUGGAGUCUGCCCAAAGAAAUGCAGUCUUGCAGUGCUGUGGCAGAUUUUCUGCAUCUUCACUGGUCUGGGAAAACACGAUCAGUCUUCAACACAGGAGAUCAUUUCCAACUGGAUCAGAGUGACGAGGAUGGACAUUCCUUCUCAGUCCCACAAGGCUUCUUCAAUGAAAGCACACGACAGAGUUCGCGUUCAUUCCCACAAAAGACUACAGGAAAUACAAUCUCUGAAAGCAUUGAUUCCAGCGAGAUGGAGGAUGACACGACAUUGACAGGACUGGAGAAAAAUUUUACAACAGCUGGCAACCUCCAAAAUUCAAGUGAAAAGCUCAGUCAAAAAAGUCAGAACAAUUCAGGACAGGGACAGUUUUUUGUUAAGAAGAAAAGAGCAUUUGAUGGAUUUGCUAAUGUUCUGCAAAGCAGGAGAACAAACUUCAGUAGUUGA